AUGGACUUCAUCAUUGGGAUUUUACCGGAUGAGAAGAAUCCCACGGGCGUCUUGGUUUUUGCGGAUCGAUUUAGCAAGAUGAUGCACUUUGCUCCAGUCUCCGCGCACAUUACAGCGGAGACGACCGCGCAGAUCUUCAUCGAUCUCAUAUUUCGACAUCACGGCUUGCCUGAAUCAAUUGUUUCGGACCGCGACCCGCGCUUUACAUCAGCUUUUUGGGCAACGUUGUUUCAACUAUUGGGCACGCGUUUGCUUAUGUCUACGGCGGCCCAUUCAGAAACGGAUGGGCAAACGGAGCGCGUCAAUCGAGUGCUUGAAGAUGUACUGCGCAGUUAUGCGACAUCGUUCACGUCGUGGAGUUUAUUCCUUCCACUCGCCGAAUUUGCAAUCAACAAUGCAAUCGAUGCGUCAACAGGAUUGACGCCAUUUUUCGUGAGCACCGCGAGGCACCCUCGCGUUCCAGCGCUUCUUGCUCUCUCAGAUUCACCACACACAGUUUCUACGCUUGGUGGGGGAGUAUCUGCCGAUGACACUACGCGAAAAUUUGAUGAUUGA